AUGACCCUGCCAACCAACAGUACGUCCACCGUGGCCGAGGACGAUUCGGACAUGUUUGGGCCGCCCCAUUCCUCGCCACCGAUCCGCCGCAAUCGCCCGAAGGUGCCGAUGAUCUCGCCACAGCUGAAGCAGCGUGAGGUGCGCAAACGGAUCCUGCAGCUGUGCGUGCACAAGCUGGAACGCAUCAAGGACUCGGAGCGCAACCUGCGCCGAUCGGUGUGCAUCAACAACACGUACUCGCGCCUCACCGAUGACAUACGGCGUGAAAAGCAGCACAAGCUCCUGAUGCUCUCCAAUCUCGCCAAAUCUAACGAUAGUUCCCGGAAGCAGCUCGACAAGGACGAUGUGUCGUCGGAGGAUUGCAUUAACAACAAUAUUACCAAUGCCAACAACAACAAUCAUCACCAUCACCUUCACCACCAUCACCACCAUCACCUGCACCAUCACGGCAGCAGCAGUUGCAGCGACGAGCUCGGCGAGUUUGUGCACAACAAUGAAAAUAUGAACAACAACUGUCAGCUGCAGCAUAAUCAUAAUCUAUCCUCGCAACACCACCACAACCACCUCAACCACCACCAGCACCUGCAGGCGCUGCACCAGCGGUUGUCUCAGUCCCACCACCAUCUGCACCAAGCGGCCAACGCACAUCAGCCAGCGAAUAACAGCACCGGUGCGGACGUAUGCCACGGAACCACCACUACUUCCAACUGCAUCGCCAGCAACACCUCCACCCUGUCGGACUCUACCACCACCACUACCAUCCCGUCAGACGCAGACCGACCGGUGAGCCAAAGAAAGUCGUCCUCCGUCGAGACGGAUCUGGAGUCGCUCGAUCGGGAAUUGUGCGCGCUGGACGCGGCAAUGCCGCUGGUCGAUCCGGAGAUAACGCAGGGUGCGGAACAGCUCGAACAGGCGAUGGUGUCACGCAAGCGCAAGUUUGCUUCGAUUGACGACGACGACAGUGAUCGGUUGGUGCGGGAAGCGCUGUCACAGAUCUACUUCCCCAGUGCCGGCCGUCUCCUCACGGGAAUAGACGAUUGUCCGCCGGCGACGGAGAACGGUAGUGGCGUUGAGCGGUCGGUCAAUGGGGACGAUGGACCCCACGACGGUGAAUGUAUCAUCUCAUCCAAGCGACCAAAGAUCGGUGAUCUGCUGGAUCAUCAGCAAAGCCAGCAGCAGCAGUUGCAUUCCUUCUCGCAUCCCUUCCUGCACCCGUUCCAUCCACUGCCGGAUCUGGCCGGGUUCGACUAUCAGGUGCACCAUCACCAUCAGAAGGAGUUCGAGGUGAUCAUGGAUGCGUUACGGCUCGGCGUUAGCAAUGGUGGUGCAAUGGCGGCUGCGGCCGUCGUAGCAGCCACGUCCGCGGCCGGUGCAGCGGCUGCGGCAGCGGCAGCAGCAGCGGCCGCCGCUGCCGCCACCGGUAACGCAACCGGUACGGCGAUGGGCUGCGGCGUUACGGGCAGUGCGGCCGGAAAUGGUGCGGUGGUGAUGGCCAACAACGUUACCGGGACGAACGCUUCCUGCAAUGGUACGGUUGGGGGUGGUGGUGUCGAUUCCUGCGGCCAGGCGGCCAUGCUGAUGGGCACAGACGGUGGUGCUAGCGUGUUCCACAAUCUCGUCGUUACGUCGCUGGAAACUUGA